AUGGAGAGAACUUCACUGUCACCUGACUCCUCCGCACAAACAGAUCCCUCACCCACUGAACUGAGACUGGUGUUGGUAGGCAGGACAGGGGCCGGCAAGAGUGCAACAGGAAACACCAUAUUGGGCGGAAAGUAUUUCCACUCACAGCUGAGUAGAAGCUUGGUGACCAAAACAUGUCAGAGAGAGUGUGCCAUUGUACAAGGCAGAAAUCUGCUUGUGGUGGACACACCUGGUUUCUCCAACACUGUGCUAUCCCAGGAUGAUGUUCAACAGGAAGUGCAGAGGUGCCGUGAGCUGUUUUCACCAGGCCACCGUUCUGUGCUCCUGUUGAUCGUUCCUCUGGGACGCUUCACAGAGGAAGAACGCCAGGCAGUUAACACAAUCCAGCAACUCUUCAGUCGUGAAGCGUCCAGUUGCACCAUACUCGUUUUCACCCAUGCUGACAAGCUAAAUGGAGAAUCCAUCAAAGAUUUCAUUUCGAGACAGAGUCAAAGCAUCCAGGACCUGGUAAGAGAAUUCAGUCACGGAUUUGUAUCCAUCAACAACAAUAAGCCUGAAGAUGAAAGCCAAGUGGAUCAGCUGCUGAAGAUGGUUGAUCAUUUUGCCAACCCGCUGCGAAUAGUACUUGUGGGCAGAACAGGUACAGGGAAAAGUGCCACAGGAAACACCAUCCUGGGAAAAGACAGUUUCCGCUCAGAGUUCAGCAUGAGCUCUGUGACUGAAGAAUGCCAGAGAGAAAGUGCCACUGUGCAAGGGCGGGAUCUGGUCUUGAUUGACACACCUGGCCUGUUUGACACAUCACGCUCCGAGGAAGUUGUGCAUCGAGAGAUUGUUCGGUGCUUUACAUUCUGCUCCCCUGGGCCCCAUGUAGUGCUGCUGACGAUGAGUCUCGAAGGCUCCACUGAAGAGGACUGGCGUAGCAUUGAUUUGAUUGAGAAAAUAUUUGAGGAAGAGGUUAGGCGCCACAUCAUUCUCAUCCUCACACAUGCAGACUUGCUGGAGGGAACUCAAGUCCAGGACUUGAUCAGUCAAGACCAAAAACUCAAGAAACUUGUGGAGAGGUUUGACCGUCGCUACCUGGCCUUCAACAAUAGGGACACGGAAGACCACAGCCAGGUGACCCAGCUACUGGAGAUGGUUGACAGCCUUUUGGCUCGCAAUGAGAACCAGCACUUCACCAACCGGAUCUCACGAGAGAUAUGGAAGGCUGUGACUGAGCUGCUGUCAGACAGGGUCCAGAACUUGGCGAACACGGAGUCCAGCAUAGCAGAUGUGGGAAGGGGAGCGGAUGACAAUGAGCCAGGGGAAAAGUUCCGCCGGACAGCAUUUGUGGGCACAGUGGAACGAAUUCUGGCAGAGAUCAUCCAGCAGCCUGUUUAA